CAUUGCCUUCUUUCUUAUCCCUUAUCCCCACCCACCCCCUUUGAAACCUAAAAACCUCCUUCAAACUUUGUACAAAAACCAGUCCUAAAUUUAAUUAGAAUAAUUAUGCAUAGCUUUUGGUGGCUCCUUGGAGUUCUUCACCAUGUCAUUUGGGUUGCAACCAUGCUCAUUACCAGCCAAGCCAUGCCGCCACCGCCCCCGAUUCAAUGCGACGCAUCAACCGGCUGCAACCUCUCCAACUCCUACGGGGUAUGGGGUGACAGAACAGAUUGCCAUGCUCCAUCCGCCGCACACCCACAAACGGAGGAAGACCUCCGCCUUGCUGUGGCUUUUGCAAGCAAAAACAAGAUCAAGGUCAAAGUGGUGAGCAAAUUUUCACAUACCAUACCAAAGUUGGCAUGUCCUGACAUGAGUUUUGGAGACGCAAUGCUAAUAAGCACGGCUAAUGUCAAUUCCACAAUCGAAAUCGACGCAGCGAAUUUAGCUGUCACGGUGGAUGCUGGUGUAGGGCUACGUCAGUUGAUAGACAAAGUGGAGGAAGCUGGGCUGAGCUUGGUGGCUGCGCCGUAUUGGGAGGGUGUGAGCAUAGGAGGGCUUAUAAGCACGGGGGUGCAUGGAAGCUCGUGGUGGGGAAGAGGAGGAGCUGUGCAUGAUCAUGUUAUUGGUCUUAAUCUUGUUGUUCCAGCAAAUCAAUCAGAAGGGUAUGCGAAAGUUCUCAGGUUAGAUUCUAAGGAUGAAAUCUUCAAAGCUGCCAAAGUUUCAUUGGGGUUGCUGGGUACCAUCUCCAAGGUGAAGUUGAGAUUGGAGCCAGCAUUCAAAAGGAGCAUAGCCUAUAACUUUACAGACGAUGCUCAAAUUGAGGACAUAUACAUGGACCAUGCAAAAAAAUAUGAGUUUGGAGACAUAACAUGGUAUCCAUCGAAGCAUACAGCUGCAUACAGAUAUGAUAACAGACUUCCUUUAAACGCAUCAGGCGAUGGAACAUAUGAUUUUUUAGGCUUCCAGUCCAAUUCUGUGGUCUCCAAGACUAUAAGAGCAACAGAGAAAACAAUGGACAGCGGACGAAGCUCGAUUGGGAAAUGCACACUAGCAUCUACAGUUUUGGAGGCCAAGAAAUUAGUAGCCAAUGGUUUGAAAAAUAACCUAAUCUUCACUGGGUACCCAGUUGUAGGUCAUCAGGGUAAAAUGCAAACCUCAGGUUCAUGUCUGUACUCGGCAGGCACAGACAAAUCCUGUGCGUGGGACCCAAGAAUCAACGGCCUCUUCUUCUACGAGACAACGGCAAUAUUUCCAGCAUCAAAAUUUGCAGACUUCAUCCGAGACGUCAAAAAACUACGAGACCUUAAACCAGAAAACUUCUGUGGGGUGGAUAUUUACAAUGGUUUUCUAAUCAGAUUCAUUAGGGUUUCCGAUGCUUAUCUUGGUCAACAAGAAAACUCCGUGGUGGUUGACUUUAAUUACUACAGAGCCGAUGAUGCUUCGACUCCAAGGUUCAAUCAAGACGUGUGGGAAGAGGUGGAGCAACUGGCGUUUUUCAAGCAUGGGGCAAAGCCACACUGGGCUAAAAACAGAAACGCAGCGUUUUUGGACGUGCAGAAAAAGUACCCUAAUUUUAACAAGUUUUUGGGUGUGAAAAGACGGUUGGAUCCUCAAAAUAUAUUGUCGAGCGAAUGGUCGGAUGAGAUCUUAUCUGGGAAAGAAGGUGCAAAGCGUGACGGGUGUGCUUUGGAGGGUCUUUGUGUAUGUUCUGAAGAUCGGCAUUGCAGCCCGGCGAAAGGGUAUUUCUGUAAACCUGGACUUGUUUAUAAGGAGGCUAGAGUUUGUAGGUACUCAUCAUCACCAUCCACUGUGGGAUCAGAGAGUUACCAAACUGAUGCAUUAUUUGAUUAAUUAUUUCUGAGUGUUAAUAACAAUUUAGUAAAUAAAUUCUACAAAUAUUGUUGAUAAUA